CACAAUAACAAGAUCACCAAGAUGUUUCUCUUGAUGUUUUUGGUGCAUAAAGUAGGUACUUUGAGCUGCCCUGCAAGUGAUGCUUUCCUUGUUCCACAUGAGUGGUACCAGCCUGGAGACCUCAUCAUUGGUGGGAUGGCAUCUCAUUUCCUUUACCACUUUUAUGAAAUGAAAUUUGUUGAAAACCAUGCUUUAACACCUUACGAGGUACCAAUGUAAGAAUUUUAUUUUCUUUAUCAAAUCUUACGGAGACCUUCAAAAAUCUUUUAUAUGAAUAAAAGCUGUUUGUGCAUAAAUGUAACAUUUUUAAUGUAAUCUAUGCCUUGUUUUUCUUUCAACUGUAUCUGGUUAUGAGAGAAGAAAUAACCUUCUUUACAUUCUUUUAAAGUCUUUCACAUGAAAUGUACACAAUUUCAGAUCAAGAAGUCUAUUUGAAUGUUUACUGAGGUAAAGCACUGUCUCUCCCCACAAAACAUACAUACAGUAAAUGAGUGACACCUGUGGAAUCUGUUCAUAUACAUUUUCUGAAAAUCUCAUAGACAAUAAAUAUAGUACUUUGAAAAAAGUCACUACUUGUAUUUGUUGAAGUAGAUAUUUGUUGGAAGUCAUGGAAAUGCUGUUUAAAAUAAAUUUGAACACUGUAUUAUGAAGCAUUGUACCAAAGCUAUAAUCUUCCUACUACGGUCAGAGAAAAAAAAUUUCUUAUUCAUAUAGAAAUGAUGCCAAUGUACAAGGUUGUAGAAUUAUUUUUUUUUCAAUGGGGACAUUUAACCUAUUUGCAGUGUAUUUACCAAAUUUCAUCAACACGUCCUUGCCUUGGCCUUUGCUGUGAAGGAGAUCAAUGAGGACUCCCAGAUCUUACCUAACAUCACUCUUGGGUUCCACAUCUAUGACAGUUACCUCAAUGCAAGGAUGACCUAUCGCACCACUCUGGACAUGCUUUUCAAAUCCCAGGAAUUUGUCCCUAACUACAAAUGUGAUAGUCAGAAGAAUCUCAUGGCUAUCAUUGGGGGGCUGGAUUUUGUCACAUCAUCUCAUAUUGCUGAAAUUACAAGUUUCUUCAAGAUUCCACAACUGACAUAUGGCUCAUUACCCCAAGAAGAAUUUGAGACCAGUAAGCACUCUUCACUUUAUUUCAUGGUCCCCAAAGAAGACCAUCAGUACAUUGGGAUUAUCCAACUGCUUCAUCAUUUCAGGUGGACGUGGAUUGGGAUUUUUGCUGUUGAUAAUGACAAUGGAGAAAAAUUCUUACAGAAAAUGCAGCCCUUACUUUCAGAGAAUGGAAUCUGCUCAGCGUUUAUAGAAAGGCUUUCACAACUGGCCCACUUUGAAGAAUUCCAAGAUUUUUUUCAAACAAUCUCAAUGAUUUCCAUUCAUUUGAUGAAUAGCAAAGUCAAUGCAGUUCUUGUCUAUGGAGAAGCAUUGACAAUUUUGUGGCUAAGAUUCGUAGUGUUUCCAGUAGAUCCUAACAGCAAUAAAACUACAUUAUUUGGAAAGGUGUGGAUCAUGACUGCACAGAUUGAUUUCAUAUUGUCAGGAUUUCUAAUCAAUUGGGACUUCCAGAUGUUCCAUGGGGCUAUUUCCUUCACUGUUCAUUCAACAGAAGUCGUAGGUUUCAAGGAAUUUCUUCAGACCAUCAAUCCACUUUCAGACUACAGAGAUGGGUUUCUGCAGGAUGUUUGGGAACAAGCAUUUGAUUGUUCAUUUCCAAAAUCAGAGUUACAAGAAAUGCAGAGUAGAAAAUGCACUGGGGUGAUGAAGCUAAAGGAUCUUCCUGGACCUGCCUUUGAAAUGGAGAUGACUGGC